CAUUAUACACGCUAAUCCACUGCCAAAGACGCGACCCGUCAACAUGUCCAUACCCCAGAUUCAGGGUCGAUGAUGCGUUACCGAGGCUCUCGUUCAAGUCUCGACCAUAAGAUAUCGUGAUCCUCCUAUUUGUGUAAAGUACUCCCUUGCCACAAGUUUCCAAGCUCUCGAACUCUUACCAAUCGAACCCCUCCCCAAAGCCGCAUCACCAUGUCGAAGCCACACUCCAAGACCGUCCGUGGAACACUUGACAACCCUAAGACACAGGCCGCCAUCAAAUCGGGCAGCAAGCCGCCACAGCUGGGAGACCAUGUCUCGCUGAAGCCAGAGAACGACGACCCUCCUACGCCUGAGAACAAGAAAAUCACUUCGUCAUUGGUUUCGAACUCAUCGUCGGACACGAACGAUGAUGACCUGCCGCAUUCUAAGAAGGUCAGAGGUACAUUGGCAAACUCGGAUGGAAAACAAGCCAACAAGACCCAAUUGGGCGACCCGGUGAGCUUGAAGGCUGAGACGAGCCACACUGAUCUUGGGAGGCAGACAGAGAGGGAGGGCAUGGAGAAGAGCAAGCUCUGAGACAUAAGCGAGCAUAUGUAAUACAAUGAAUCAAAUGAAGGGAAACA